AUGGAUAUCUCUGUUCUGCCCAACAACAACCACCCAGAGAAGUUCCUCCAGCUGGACGUUGGGAUGCUGCCGGCCACACGCGGCAUGUUCCAGGUCGGGGCAGUCAUGUCCAGUCAGAGAAACUGGCAGAACAGGGUCUACUCCCAGCAAAGAGUAAAUACUGAAAACAGGUCUCCAUCCCCAGAGGGCACUCCUGUGGUGUUUGUGGACAGAUACCUGGAGAAGCACAUCACUCCAGUCACUCUGAAGUCCAACAUUAAAAGGAACCCUCUGUUUAUGGACAUAAGAUCGAUGGAAGCGGUGGACAACAAGAAGUCCAAGCCUUCAUGGACUGUCAAGGAGUACGACACACAAACAAUCCACAGCAACCUUGCAGAUUAUUUAAAGGAGGAAGAAAACACUCCUAAAGAUCUGGACUUUUGGCUCGAGGAUCUCUACACACCAGGAUUUGACUCUUUACUGAAGAAGAAAGAGGCAGAACACAAAAGAAAAAGACUUUGUAUAAUUCUUUCUGCAAUCAUUUUGUCUGUUUGUGCAGUACUUAUUGUUGUUAUAGUGCCAGUUGUAGUUCUAUAGAAGAUAAACUGAUUGAUGAGGACAUUGCCAUUGUAUAGUACAACUUUGAGGACCUCACCUCUUUGUAAGUGGUGGUCAUAUAUUUAUAUAUAUAACUGGCUGGAGUCAACAGUCGUAAUGGACAUAUUUUGGCCGCACAGCUGCUGCACACUCUCUGGGGACCAUAAAUAUCCAGAGCAAAUUUUAUGGCAACCUGGCAAGUGGUUCCUGAAAUAUCUGGCUCUGCACCAAAAUGUUGGAUAUAGACAGAUGACCAGUGGAGAAAAAAGGUUGCAGUUGAGGACUAUUUAGACCUUAGAGGAACAUCUUUUUUGCUCAAAAUUUCCCAUGUCAGUGGAAACUCUGAUUCAGAGGCUAUAUAAAACAUGGACAUAGCAUUCCUGAUGUCACCAGUAUGUUUCUGAAGGGAUGCCUUAGAGCUGGGAUUUGGCUUUACUGCUUACUGGGCCAGAAAAUCUACACUUUAACAUAGAGGGUGGAGCCUAAUUGGAAGGAUGAACAACCAGCAAUCACCAUGGCUAAGACUUACAGUGAAGCAAACACUGAAAAUAAUUUGAAAGAUAAUGGUACAAAAGUACCAGUUGCUUUACACAGCAACUGAAAAUCAAGUGUAGUCCAUGGUGUGUCAGUACACCAUGACAUCGCUGUUGAGUGUGGUUACAGGUGCAACAGAGCACACAUCUGACCACAGUCAACCACAUCCAGCAGUAAUGCUGAAACUGACUUUGAACUUUCAACCAGUGAGGGCAGUGAUACCCUGCUUUUCAGGUGUUAAGUUAUCUUUAAGCUGGAAGAUGAUAGCAGUCAAAGAUGCAAUUUAUUUUUUCAGCCCAUUAUCUUUAAUGUUUUCACUUUGCAUAAAAAAAUGUGAACAGAUGUUAAAAAAAUUUUAGCAGAUAGAUUUAUUUUCUUUAAAUGAUCUUAAUUAUAGUUGACUGUUUUCCCCUUUUGCAAUUGUUUUAGAAUGCAAAAACAAGUUACCUAGCUUUACACAUCUUGUAACCACUCUUUCCCCCCAGCCCUAUACUCUCUUUCUUACCUAUUCAGUAAAUGGUAAAUGGACUGUACUUAUAUAGCGCCUUUCUAGUCUCUCUGACUACUCAAAGUGCUUAAAAGUAACAGUAUAAAUAAUACACAGCACAAAAGGAGACUUCAAAUGUAACUGAUUUCAUUUGGUUUAUUUAUUGCAAUAAAGAUGUACAAAGUAUUGGUAAUCAUAAAUGUUAAAAUGUUAGAAAAAGCAUAUCUGUGACUGUUAACAGUACAGUGUAUCAAAACUUUACUGCUUCAACCAGCUGGGUCGAUUCCAUCCACAUUUGUGUGAAAGCAGGAGAAAACAGGUUUGAUCUGCUUCUGAUGUUAUCAUAGAAAUAGACUCAAAAAGAGAAAAAAGACACAAUUUGCUAAAAUCAAAAGGCAACAAAAUAAAAUAAAAUCAAAAA